GUAUAUCGAACGGGAGUUCUUUAUUACAAAGAGCACCGACGACCCGCCAGUAGGAGGUCGAUGAAUCCUAGACUAGAGGAAGCAUCGUAUAAUGGAGACUUGGAUGAACUCCACCAGCUCCUUCAAGAAGACAGGUUUCUCCUUGAGAAACUGAGCACCACCCCUUGCAUCCCGAACAAUCCCCUUCACAUCGCCUCCAUGCGGGGCCAUGCUGAUUUUGUUAGGGAGAUCCUCCUUCGGAAGCCCGAGCUUGCCAAAGACUUGAAUGCGGAUGGCUUCUCGGCGUUGCACUUGGCUGUGGCAAAUGGGCACCUAGCUGUCGUGCGAGAGCUGCUGAGGGAAUUGGGCUCCCACGUCUGCCUUGCGCGAGACAAAGUUGGUCUGCUGCCGAUCCACACCGCAGCAAUGAAAGGGAGGGUUCAUGUUUUGGGGGAAUUGCUAGAUGCACGCUCCGAAUCUGCACGUACAAAGACAUGCCAAGGGGACACCAUCCUCCAUUUGGCUGUGAGUUCGAACUGUUCUGAAGCUGUCGAAUUCUUGGUGGAAAGGCUCGACACUGGUGAGCUCCUGAACGCGCAGAAUGAGAAGGGAAACACCAUCUUGCACCUCGCUGUCGCUAGAAAGCAACUCCAGAUUUUGAUGUUCUUGGUAAGCAAGAGAGAAAUCGAUGUGAAUUCUGUGAACUUACGGGGCUUCACUCCGCUGGAUGUAUUGUUGGAAUCGCCAAGAGAGCAUGGUGACUUCGAGUUAGCAGAAAUGAUUCGAAAAGCAGGCGGGAUAGAAACAGCAGGAGGAGAAGAGCUGCAACCAUUGCCUUUACAAAGCGGCCUUAACUCAAGAAACGAAUCUUCUUUAAAUCCAAGAAACAGGUCAGAGGGGAAAAGCUUUUUGCAUCGAAUCCGAAAAUUUUUCCAACCAUCCAAUAAUGCAUCUACAAUGCGCCGGAACAACCAUCGGCUAAAGAACAAUGAAAAUAGCACAGGCACUCUGAUGGUGGUGGCCACCAUUAUCGCAACCAUUACAUUUCAAGCAGGAUUGAACCCUCCUGGAGGAUUUAAGGAGGAUGGGGAGGCGGCGUUAGGUGACAAACUUGCACUCUUCUUGAAGUUUGACAUGGUGGGAUUGUUCACAUCCUUGAGCAUAAUUCUUCUGUUGAUUUGUGUGACCCCUCGGAGGAAGAGGAUGGUGUUGAAGUCCCUAAUCUGCAUAAUGUGGGUUUCCAUCUUUUCAACAGCUUUGGCAUUUUUAGUGGCCGUCUCCAAAAUCUUCCCAGAGUCUAACCAUCCCAUGGUGCUCAUCUUCUUGAAAGUCUGGCUUUGGUUCUUCACAAUUGCUAUCACAUGGGCGGCCAUUCAAUCCAUCAGGUAUUUAUUGAGGAAAGUUGGAUGGUUAAAGACAGAAGAGGAAGAGAGGGAGAGUCAGGAGGUGGGGUACUGCUUUGUGACGGGAGGCACUGUUACUGCCAAAAGAAUUGCAGCUCUCCUACUGGUGAUCAUAGUUGCUGCUAUUGUUGUUUUUGUAUGUCUGGUGAUGUUCUCCUCUAUGGGUCUCUCUCCACCUGAGACACCGCAAUCCCCCUCCCCGGCUCCUCAUUUUACUUCCGGUCGGAUGCAUCGACGGACUAAUCGCCGGCUUUUUGGUGUCACCAACUACUCUUCUGAGUUUGACGGUUCCACUUUGGGCUACACAAUUUGCAACAAAGCCAAGAACCUUGCCAAGAUAUCUUCAGAAAAGAAGAAGGAACACUGCCAAGAUGAAGAAUGGGACAGCAAGGCUUCUUCACUCAGCGCCCUUCUCUCCUUUCCCUCCAAUGCCAGCGACCCAAUUUUCUACUCGGUUACUGAUGCCAGAUCAUGUUAUCCAUUAAAUGUCUCUUGCUUCCAACCCACCCAAGCUAGCCUCUUGAAGACCUCCAAUAUAUCAUGGCUGAGCGGUCCAGCUCCUCCUUCCACUUGUCCUUCGGAGGUAUAUCACCAGAUUUGUUUUGAUGAAAGGUUAAAUUUGGCUAAGUACAUGUAGAACAAAAUGUUCUUGUCUGAUAAGUACUGGCCGAUCAUGCAGAAGAUGCAUUUGCAA